CGGCGCAGGCGCAGGACGCGGUUGUGGCUGUACUGAGGCUUCGCGGCCCUCUCGCUCGGUCAGUCGCGGCAGCAGCUUCCCACACAAGGCCGCCGCCAUGGCGAUGCAAGCGGCGAAACGCGCCAAUAUCCGUCUGCCCCCUGAAGUGAAUCGAAUUUUAUAUAUCAGAAACUUACCGUAUAAGAUCACAGCAGAAGAAAUGUAUGACAUUUUUGGAAAAUAUGGACCGAUUCGACAAAUCAGAGUAGGAAAUACUCCUGAGACUAGAGGUACAGCCUACGUUGUCUAUGAAGAUAUCUUUGAUGCCAAGAAUGCUUGUGACCACCUGUCAGGAUUCAACGUGUGCAACAGAUACCUUGUUGUCUUGUACUAUAAUGCAAACAGGGCAUUCCAAAAAAUGGAUACAAAGAAGAAGGAAGAACAGCUCAAACUUCUGAAGGAGAAAUACGGAAUAAAUACAGACCCACCAAAAUAAAAAUUAUAACCUCUAUGAGGAA